AUGGUGAAACUGGCAAAGAACAAAAGUCCAUCCAUAAAGGAAGUUUGGAGAGUUAUUUCAUUUAUUACAAUGAGAGAACUGUGGUUUGCUAGGAACAAAUAUAUUUAUGAAGAAGAAGCUUUUUCCUUAGAGAUAAUCAAGUCAAAGAUAUUGAAAUUUACAGUGGAAUGUGAAGUCAGGAUGAAAGCAUCAAUGUGGAAUAACUCUUAUGACUUACAAGUUUUAAAAGCUCUGGGAGUGAAAUGGAUAAAAGUUAAAGGAACUAGAGUUAAAGAAGUUUAUUUUCAACUUCCUCCUCAAAAUAAGAUAUUGUUGUGUUGUGAUGGAGCUUCAAAAGGUAAUCCUGGAAUAUCAGGGUAUGGUUUUAUUGGCAGAAUAAUCUCUGGUGAAUACCUAGUUGUUGUUGCAGGUGCUUUGGGUGUUUCAACAAACUUUUUUGCAGAAAUACUUACUAUUUUGAAUGCAGGUGAAUGGGAAGUGAGCAAAGGUUACAAGGAAGUAUGGUUUAGAACUGAUUCAGCAGCUGCAAUUUCAGCAUUUCAAAACAACAAAGUGCCUUGGUUUGCAGUAAAUAGAUGGGAAAAAAUAUGUGCAAGCAUUAUAUCCUGGUGCUUCAUACAUAGCUACAGGGAGGUGAACUUCUCUGCAGAUAACCUAGCAAAGAAAGGAUCUACCUUAUCAAGGGGAGAAAGAAGAGAAUAUUAUUCAAGACCUGCUUUCUUGAAGACCAUGGAAUUACCAGAUCAUCCAUACUACAGAUUCUGUUAA